AUGUUCUUUUGCGUCCAUGAGAAUCGUAGAGGAGGAGCCCCCAUGGGAGAAAUCCCAGGGAAAUCCUCCAUGGGAAUCCCUGGGGGUCCUGGGGGCACCUCUGGCAACGCCCGGCACAUGCUGGAGCACGUGCUCGGCAGCCUGCAGCAGGUGCCUGGGCUCCUGGGCGCGCCCCGCGUCCUCGUGUGCGACGGGCUCGUGGAGGCGGGUGCGUCGCGCAAGCCGCAGCACAAGGCCGGCAGGGUCACGCCCGACGACGCGUCGAGGUACCGCGAGUUCGUCGCCCGCGUGCGGUCACUCGCCGCCGAGGGCGAGGGGCCCUUCGCGGACUUGCAGGUUGUCGAGUGCACGGAGCACCAGGGCUUCGGGUUCGCAGUGAAGCGCGCGCUGCAGGAAGUGCGGACCGCCUUCGUCCUCGUGGUGCAGCACGACCAGGAGGUCGUGCGGGCCUUCGACUUGCCCGCCGUGCUCCUCGCCAUGGGCUCCCACCCGGACCGCCUGAAGUACGUGGGGCUGUGCAGCACCACGACGAGGAACUACGAGGCGAUGGUGCUCUCGAAGUACCAGCCAUCAGACUCGCCAGCACCUCGGAGUUCGGCGUGCCCUUGGUGCCACUGCUCUUCUUCUACGACAAGCCGCACAUCUGCUCCGCCCGCCACUACCGCGAGGUGGUGCUCGGCGAGGGCUCCCCUGUGA